UCAUAGGUCACAACAAAACAGGUCUGCCGAAAAUAAAGUCUUUAACUUGUAAAUAGUUCAAGAAUAGAACUUCCUGGUUUGUUAGAUUAGGAAGUUAAACAUCGAAAAUGGAAUCCGAUUGAUAUUUUCUCCAUUGUGAUAACGAUUGGCAGGGUUCGGCUGAAAGAAAACGAAAAUAGGAGGGUGUGGACAAAAAGUAAACAUGUCUUGGACAGUGGGGAUUUUGAUUGUGUCCUGGUUGUGCAUUUUCUCAGUAAGUGGAGCUACUUUAGGGGAAAGCUGCAUUGUGACAGAAAAUUGUACAGCGACUGUUGAAAUCUGUACUGAUGGCAAUUGUGAAUGUAAUAGUGGAUAUUUUAAUGUCAGUGAUGUAUGCAAAUCAAGUUCCAUAACAGUCAGCCUUUCAGCACAAUCUACCAGUGUGGUAUAUGGAUCAGAAGUGGUACUUACAGCUUCAAUCACAUCAGAAGUACCUUUAAACCUUUCAAACACUAUCAAAUGGCUUAAAGGACAAACAGGUGGAAGCCUUACAGAGUUUGAAUUAACUCCAUCUAAGUACACACAGAAUGAUGUAAGCCCAGGCCAAGUCACACUGACCAUACAAAGUGUUAACUUUAAUGAUACGCGUACCUACCAGGUGAAAGUUGGUAACAUUGCAGGAGUCACCAGCAAUAGUAACCAGGUGUCACUAACUGUGACUGGAGAGAAACCAACUGUUACAGUACCUAGGACAAUAGCAGAGACAGACACAACUGUAACCAUCCACUGCAUUGUUAGUCUGUCACAGGAAUCUCCUGCACUUACAUCUGUAUAUUGGUUGUUAAAUGGAACAAAUCUUAAUAUCACGAAUUAUGCCAAAUACUCUGGAGGAACUGUGAGCAACCCAUCACUAUCUAUUAAUAAUAUAGCAUCUGCAGAUGCUGGUGAAUAUCAUUGUGGGGCAACCAAUCUUGUUGGAUCUUCCAUAAGUUCACAAUCUGUAACUCUGGCUCCUCCAUCUAAUGUGCAUAUAUCAGCUUCACAAUCUGUUGAUCCAAUAUAUAAUGGAAGCAGCAUUACAAUUACUGGAUCCUUCUCAUCAAAUCUAAGUACAGAAAACAAGUGGCAGAAACAGAUUGGAGCAGAGUUCACAGAUAUUGAUAUCACAGAUGGGCGAUAUGCAGGGAGCUCCCUUGCAAGUCCCACUCCUAAACUUGUGAUUACAAAAGUAGACUUCAUUGGUCGAACAUCUUUUAGACUCGUGGUCACCAACAGAGUUGGCUUCAACCAAAGUGAACCCAUCGUAUUAAAUGUGGUAGACGGUUCUAUCUUGGUCACCUUAACACCACCAUUAAUCAGUGUGAAGUAUGGAGAAGAUGUAACUUUAACAGCAACGAUUGAAUCACCUGCAACUGUAACUAAUAUCAAAUGGCAGAAGGUGUCAGGGGGAUCUACAUCAGACUUAGAUAUAAACCUGGAUAAGUACACACAAACAGAUUCAGGUUCUGGUACAGUCACAUUAAUGAUAAAAAAUGUAGUCUUCACAGAUUCUGGUAAUUACAGAGUCCAAGUCAGCAAUGCUGCAGGAACCAUCAAAACUAGUAACCAGGUGUCACUGAAUGUGAAAGCUCUAGAGUAUAAUGACAAUUGUAUCAACACAGUUUCGUGUGAUUCCUCCAAACAGCUUGAAUGUAGCAACAAUAAAUGUCUCUGUGUGAGCAAUUACUACCAUAAGGAGCAAGUGUGUUAUGCAAAAUCUAGACUGGCUCCGACCAUUACUAGUAUAACCAGCACAACAUCUUCCUUUUCUGUUUUCUGGAAUCCUCCGAACAUUGACUCAGAGCUUGUCACCGAGUAUGAAGUGAAAUGGAAAGUACCUGGUUCUUCAGAUGAGUCAUCAGGGCGAGUAAACAAGACGGUAAACAGCCUUACUGUGUCUAGUGGUCUGAUGUCUGGACAGCUGUAUACAGUAUACGUGAUCUCUCAUGGAGAUCUCACAAACCCUGCAAAGGUCUUCGUUGUAACCUCUAAUGACUCUCAAGUGAGACUAGAUUCACGGUCUCCAGGCCCAAUUUUGAAUGAAAGUAACUUUACUCACACUGCCCUUAGAAUAAUCUGGACUGCACCAGACAACACGUUUGUGACCAGAUAUGAAGUAACCAUUGAAUCAGAUGAUGCUACAUAUGUUACAAGUAGUAAUAGUAUUACGUUGGCACAGUUUAAUGGAAAGAGUUUCACUCCUGGAGCAUACUACAAUGUUAGGAUUGUUACUGUUAGUGGUGAGACACUUGUCAAGAGAAGCCCUGCACGUGCCGAGGAGAUUAGAAUUAUUCCAACACAGCCAGGUCCUCCAAUCAAUGUUAGAUGUCCAGAUAGCCCAUUAGAUGUCUCACUUCAUAUGACAUGGAGAGCUCCCACCAACCCCAAUGGAGUUAUUCAAAGUUAUUUGAUUGCUGUAUCUUCAAGAAUACCUAGCAAUAUAAACACUUCAUCAAAUAUUACAAACAAAAUUGUUGAUGGAUUACUGCCAGAACAAACAUAUACAUUUACUGUACGCACAGUCAACGAUGCAGAUGAAUCCAUCAGAAUUAGUGAGCCAAGUCAGAAAGUUUCCUGUAAAACAAGAGCUGGAGUUUCUAGUUCACCAACAAACCUAGUUCUUGAUGAAGUCGAAAGUCGUAAAUUUAUGAUUAAAUUUGGUCAUCCUUCCAAUGUAAACGGUGUUUUAGCUGGAUACAAGAUCCUUAUUCUACAAGGACAAGAGUGCAUUCAACAGAUCCUGGUCUUUGAAACCCCAUUAUGUGACCUGUGUGUGAACACAUCAAGUGGUUGUACCAAUCUUACCAAUGAAAAUGUUGCCAAUAUAACCUUGCCUGUGUCAUAUACAGCUACAGGCUUGAAUCCAUACACCACAUAUUUCGUCAGAGUAACAGCUAUUAAUGGAGUUGGAGAAGGUCAUCCUGUUAAUGCAACAAGAAUGACAGAUCAGGAAGUUCCAACACAACCUGAACAAAUCAAUGCAAGCAAUAUAAAUUCCAAAAAUUUGACAUUGUCUUGGAACUUACCAAAACCAUCACCUGGUGACACAACAUACACUAUUUAUGUGGAAGAAGCUACCGAUGACAAGGGAACAGACUAUACUCUCUUAAAAACCUUAAAAAAUCAUGGGUUUGAAAACCAGUCUGUACCUGUGAUUGGCUUGGAGGAAUAUUGGCAAUACAGAUUCAAAGUUGAUGCUUCCACUGUGAAAGGAAAUGCAACAUCAAAUAUUUCUAGUACUAUUAGAACAAAACAAGGAGCUCCUGGACAGGUUGUUGGAUUAUCUGUUCAGAGGAAAGAGACAGACUACCGGACAGCCUAUGCUUCAUGGAGUCUUCCAGCUUUGAUGGACCGUAAUGGAGUUCUCAAAAGCUACUUAUUCUCCAACAAUCAUACUGGGGAAAUGAAAACAGAAGAAAUAAAUGUAUCUUUGACUGUUGAAAAAAGUUUCCCUGUAGAACCAGAGAACAUUUAUGCUGUGGAGGUAAUAUUAAUAAACACUGAAAAUAUGGAAAGUGUUGCAUCUAGACAUAUUUACCAAGCAUCACCUGGACCUCCAGAUGUUUCUAACAUAGAACCCAUAGCAACCAAACCUGGAGAACAUAUUAAAACACAGAACACAAUAACUCUAGAAAUUAAUAAAGAAUACUUCAGGAAUGAUUUAAAUGGGAAACAAGUUCUUUUUGGAAUUGCUGUUUGUGCAGAAUCCAAAUGUCAAGAUAUGGAUCCAAACACAAGAGACAACGAUUGGAAAAACUUACCGACUUGGCAUGAGGCAAAGGAUAAAGGUUUUCCACUGUAUCGAGCCACUAAUGAAAGUUACAUGGAAAUGAUCAAGAAAUUCAAUGAUACUCGAAGGAAACGGUCAACAACUAAUCCGUCAUUGUUAGAAUACAAAAUUGGAGAAGAUUCAGUCUGUCCUCAAUUGGAGAGGAAUGUACAUUGUAAUGGACCACUUAAUCCAGGAAAUCAAUACAAGGUUAUCAUCUUUGCAUGUACUAGGGGAGGAUGUACACAUACAGACCUAAUGGGACCUUAUGCUACUACAAAGAUUCCAGAGGAACCAGAUUCUAAAUUAGCAAUAAUAAUUGGUGCUUGCGUGGCAGUUGUUGUUUUUCUAGUUGUUGUUGGAGUGGUUGUUGUUAUUUUAAGAAGGAGAAACAGAUUAGGUGAAACAAAGAAAUAUACAAAAGGAAUAGAUAAUCAAAUAACCAUAGACGAACCUGUUGCUAAAAACAUUCCACGUAAAAGACCAAUAAAAUUGAAGGAGCUUUCAGACAAAGUGGCAGAAAAACACAAAGACAGUAACCUUCAUUUUGCCCGGGAGUAUGAGGAUCUGAAGGCCCUCAGUCCAAAGCACCCUGCAGAGACCUCGGAACUGGACAAUAACAAGCUCAAAAAUAGAUACGUCAACAUCCUGCCAUUUGACCACAGCCGAGUAAAACUGAUGCUGACCGAGGAUGAUGAUCCUUCUACCGACUUUAUCAAUGCUAACUACUUACCUGGGUACAAAUCACAAAGGGAAUACAUUGCUACCCAAGGACCUAUUCCAGGAACAAUUGAUGACUUCUGGAGGAUGAUUUGGGAACAGAAUGUCUCCAUUAUUGUAAUGCUAACCCUGUGCAAAGAAGAGGGUCGGGUGAAGUGUGAAAUGUACUGGCCAGAAAACAUCCAUGAACCCAAACAGUACGGAGAUCUUGUGGUGGAGACUGUCUCCAACUCCACCGUCAACUUUUAUGAAUUUAGAAUCUUUAAGAUUAAACUGGGAGAUACUACCCGUUCUGUGAAACAUUUCCACUUCCUUCAGUGGAAGGAUUUCUCAGCCAAUGUUCAGAAUGACGUCAUGAUUGAUUUCAUCAAGAAUGUCAGGAACCACAUUAGGCCACCAGACAUGAACGGACCAGUUGUCGUUCACUGCAGUGCUGGGGUUGGAAGAACGGGAACCUAUUGUGCCUUGGAUCACCUGUUCCAAUUUGUUGAUGAACAUGACCUGGAUGAAUCCAUCGACAUAUUUGACCUGGUUAUGAACCUUCGAGAACGCCGCAUGUUCAUGGUCCAAACCGAGCAACAAUAUGUUUUUAUCCAUGAUUGUGUUCGAGAUUACGUGGAAAGAAAGAAAAAAGAAUUACAAGGAAAUCUUCUGUAUGAAAAUGUUAACAGAGGCUUUGUUGCUGAUGAUGAGCCCGUGGAGGAAUCUUUGUACCAGAACUACAGCAACCAAAGAACCGACCUGUAAAGAAUCCCGGCAAGGGACGUUACUCUUGCGAGUGUCAGCGUGGGUGCUUUCAACUUCAGUUUACACAACGAAAAGAAAUAUAUUUUUGAAGAAUUUCUGUUCAUGAACUGAACUACAUGUAUAUGUUACAAUCAUACAAUGAUGUCGUAGUCUGUGAUUAACAUUAUUUUACUGCUCUUGUGAUUGUGAAUCAAUAUACUUUUUUUUUACCAUUUUCUACCUAUCAUGAUUUCAUUUGGGAAGACAUGGGGGAGG